UUCAUCCUUCGGAUGCUAGUGGAGCUCCAUCUCUUCUCCUGCGGUCCGUCUGCCCGAUACUGCUGGGGCUCUGCAUCUCUCUCUGGUCCCUCUGAGCCCCUUCUGUCCGGUCCCUCCGCUCCGCCAUGGCCUCGAGGGCCACCCGGGAAAACAAACCUGUCAAAUGCAAAUACCUGGCUGGAAAGGAAAUUGAUGGGAAUGUGCAUGCUGUAGUAAUAGACUGGCUUGCUAAAGUACGUGAGAAAUUCAAACUCCAAGAGGAGACCUUGUUCAUGACUGUUGCAAUCACUGAUCACUUCUUGCCGGACAAUCCUGUUCCUGAGACAAAGUUGCAACUGAUUAGUAUCACAGCUUUGUUCUUUGCCAGCAAAUACAAAGAGAGAAGGUCCCCACAUAUUGCAGAUUUUAGCUAUGUAACCAAUUACUCUUACUUGAAGUUCCAGAUCUGCCAGAUGGAGAUGAUGAUCUUGAAAGCACUAUACUUUUUUCUGGGUUUCCCUCUCCGUCCGCACUUCCUGAGAACUUCAAAGAUUGCAGAGGUGGGCUCCAAACAAUAUGUUCUUGCCAAGUACCUGAUGGAGUUGUGCAUUGUGGACUAUGAUAUGGAUCACCUCCCUCCAUCUGGGAUUGCAGCAGCUGUUUUCUGUUUGCCUCUGAAGCUCCUCGAUGGACAUGAGUUGUUACCAUCUCUGCAACAUUGCAUGUUUUACACUGGGAGUGACCUUCUACCAAUUAUGCAGUAUAUGGCAAAGAAUGUAGUCCUUGUGAAUAAGGGUGCUGCCACCAGAAGAUUGGACUCAGAGAGCAGCAAAGAGUUGUGUCAGGUGGAUGAUCUGUUCAGCCUGGUGGCAGAGCUGAGAAAGGAAGGAGAAAGGCUGGGAAGUACUGGGGACUCUGAGGAGGAAGUCAGCUGGUGA